AUGACGGACUUGAAUGACAUGGUAGAGUCGCUCUACGCGUGUAGACUCAUCACAGAGCGGCAGGUGGCGCAGUUGUGCGACUGUUGCAAGGAUUUAUUCCUCGAGGAGGGCAACAUUGAGGUGGUCUACGCCCCUGUCACGCUGUGUGGCGAUAUUCAUGGUCAGUUUUUUGAUCUGCUAGAACUCUUUCGCCACGGCGGACGCAUACCGGAGACCAGCUAUAUAUUCAUGGGCGACUACGUUGACCGCGGCUACCACAGCGUGGAGACACUUCUGCUGUUGCUCCUUCUAAAGGUGCGUUACCCCGACCGCGUCACACUCCUGCGUGGCAACCACGAGUCGCGGCAAAUCACGCAGGUAUACGGCUUCUACGACGAGUGCUACCGCAAGUACGGCAGCGCCAAUGUGUGGCGCCUCUGCACAGAGCUCUUCGACUAUAUGCCACUAUCAGCUGUGGUGGAGGACGAUGUUCUGUGCGUACACGGCGGCUUGAGCCCGCAGAUCAACACACUCGAUGAGAUCCGCGUGCUGGACCGCAAGCAGGAGGUGCCGCACGACGGCGCGAUGAGCGACCUGCUGUGGUCGGACCCGGAAGACAUGGACGGCUGGGGCGUGAGUCCGCGCGGCGCCGGCUUCAUCUUCGGUGCCGAUGUCACGAAGGCCUUCAACCACAAGAACGGUCUCAGCCUCAUCGCGCGCGCGCACCAGCUCGUGUUUGAGGGCUACAAGUCUAUGUUCGACAACAACUGCUGCACGGUGUGGUCGGCGCCGAACUACUGCUACCGCUGUGGCAACGUUGCGUCCAUCAUGAGGAUUGGCGAGCAGUCGCGGACGGACCGUAACUUCAUCACAUUCGGCGCGGCGCCAGCUGAGACGCGCGGGCACUUAUCGAAGCAGCCCCCGCCGGAGUACUUCCUCUAG